CAUCCACGAGACAUGCUCCGCCGGCUCCCAGGGACACUCUCGCGCCCCCUCGCCGCGCCGUUGCGGGCUUCUGCACGCGCUCCCGUCGUAGGCGGAGUACGGCACGCGAGCGGCACAACGCACCCGGGGCGCUGGAUUGGCUCGUCGUUGCUCAUUGGUACCGUUGCCCUUGUCGGCGCAGUGUACUACUACGACUCGAGGAGUGUCGCCCACGAGCACGUUGUCAUGCCCGUCAUUCGGGCUCUUGCGGACCCCGAGCAGGGUCACAAGCUCGCCGUCAAGGUGCUCUCGGCGCCGAGCUGGGCGCGGCCCAAGGACAUGGGAGAGGACGGGCCGGCUCUCAAGGCCGAGCUUAUGGGCAUGCCGCUCGACAACCCUGUGGGCAUUGCCGCCGGCUUCGAUAAGGACGCGCAGUGUAUCGACGGCCUGUUUGAUCUCGGCUUCGCGUACGUCGAGGUCGGGAGUGUCUGCCCUCAGCCGCAGUCUGGCAACCCCCUCCCCCGCUUCUUCCGCCUUGAGGAGGACGAUGCUGCCAUCAACCGCUAUGGCUUCAACUCGCAAGGUCACGGGCAGGCGCUGAGCCAGCUUCGCAAGCGUCUUGCUGCAUUUGCCGCUGAGCACCCGGCCCUCUUCCCCAACGGCCCGCUGGCGCCUCCGACCGGCCUCCCCCGCUCCCUUCGACCGGGACAUAUCCUCGCUGUCAACCUCGGCAAGAACAAGACGUCUCCUGCCGACUCGGAUGACGACUAUCUUCGCGGCGUGCGCACGCUUGGCCCCUACGCCGAUGUGGUUGUCAUCAACAUCUCGUCACCGAACACGCCGGGCCUUCGCGCCCUGCAGAGCCGUGAGCCACUUGAGCGCCUCCUCCGCGGUGUCGUCGCCGAGCGCGAUGCUAUCGCCGUUAACGGUCUCCCCAAGGUUGCCGUCAAAGUCACCUGCGACUUGAGCGAGGAGGAGCUCGCGGACGUUGCCAGCGCUGUGCGCACGACGGGUGUUGACGGCGUCAUCGUCUCGAACACCACCAUCCGUCGUGACGAGCUUGGUCUCCAGUCUGAGAACGCGGGCGAGACCGGUGGCCUUUCCGGUCGCCCCCUGUUCCCGUACGCGCUCGCCGCACUCAAGACGCUCCGCCCCCUUCUGCCUCCCAAUGUACCGAUCAUCGGCGCCGGUGGAGUGUGGGACGGCGCCGACGCGCUGGCCAUGGCCCGCGCCGGUGCGUCCAUGGUCCAGGUUUACACUGCCUUCGGGUACCGCGGGGUAGGCACGCCGCGACUGCUCAAGGACGAGAUCGCGCGCACGCUCGCUCCCGGCGCGAGCUGGGAGAAGCAGGUCGGUGCCGACUACGGAGGUGCCGCAGGGAUGAAGUGGGACGCAGCGCGUGUGGCCGCCGAGGGUGCCAAGCUGCGCGCCGAGGCACGUGAGCUCGGCAACGUCCUGACCGAGAUCCGUGAGAAGAUGGACUCGCAGCGACUCGCAGCUGAGGCGGACGAGGCCCUCGCUCAUCUGGCGGCCAUGAACGCCGCCACCUUGUCCGCUGACGGCACGGGUCUUCCCGAGGACGCCGUGCGCGAGCUCGUGCACUCCGCUGUCAUCGAGACGCCUGCCGGUGUUGAGGUCGUUGAGGCUGCUCCUGCCUCCUCUCCCACACCAGACGCAGUUGUCGCUGAGACUGCCAUCGCCAUCAUCCCCGCCGACAAGAAGGUAGCACCUACUGUCGUGGAGAUCGAGAAGGUCGAGGCCGUCGAGAAGGUGCAGCCGUCCAAACCGAAGAACACCUUCGCCGACCAGGUGCACUCGGGAGACCGACGCUUGGUGUAGGCAGUGAAACAUCUAAAGUUUAGGCAUAUGCAUGUUUUGCACAGGCGGU